CACACACACGUACACACACACACACAUCCUUAAUAAAUGAUCUGAUCGUUUGACGAACAUCGCGCGCCAAGCGAUCAUUGACAAAGGGCAGUUUGAUGAUUGAUGUGUACGAUUGUUGUCAUUGUCUGGUGGGUAAUCUUGGUGUGCUUGCAUGGUGCUUGGCCGCUUGAGUUUCGUGUUCUGGAUCGUUGUUGUGUCUCAGCCUUGUCUCGGUUUUCUUCUUUCCCUCUCUCUCUCUCUCUCUCUCUCUCUCUCUCUCUCUCUCUCUCUCUCUCUCUCUCUCUCUCUCUCUCUCUCUCUCUCUCUCUCUCUCUCUCUCUCUCUCUCUCUCUCUCUCUCUCUCUCUUUCUCUCUCUCUCUCUCUCUCUCUCUCUCUCUCUCUCUCUCUUCCGAUGCUGGUUGAUGCGUGGUUGUUUGCAUGCCGAAACUGCUCCCGGGCAACCGACCGCUUCACCCCUAAUGGCAAUGAGGAUUCGUACGACAGAUGGACACGGCUAUGACUAGGUUUAACGAACAACUCAACUGCACAACACCACUCACCACAGAGAUGAACAAGUCUAGGUGAUGGCAGAUUUUUGGUACGACGUAAUUAGACCAAUCUAUGCGUCGCUGGCCUUAGUCACACUCAGCACUGAAGAAAAGGUGCAACUUCUUCAUGGAUUCAAGUACCCGAAAGCUGCCAACCCCACCAAUGGAUCUGUUUCCCCGCAGAUUACUGCAUUACUGGACAGUGGCAUUGAAGGUGGUAUGAGACUGAUUGAUGUACUGUCUAAGAGUCCGCAGCAUUGCAACCAAUACCUUGCUCAUUACCUUCGGACGACAUGGGAUCGCUGUGUCCGCAAUGCCGAUCGCCAUCAACUAGGUCUAGCAAAACACAAGAAAGACUUCUGGCGCUCUGUGCUCUCUGGUGUCAAGCUUGAGCUGGCAGCGUAUAUGUCAGCUGCCAAGACAAGUACACUACAAUCGGUUAUCAUGGAAGCACUCGAGAAGUUCUCGUGUAUCUCCCUUGAGACGUGUUCAUCAUCUGUUGCCUCUCUGUGGACAUGUGGUGAAGACGAGCAGGCAAUUCAGGUUAUUUUGGUGGGAGUUAUGGAUAGCAUACUGAGCAAUGGCGCGACUGCUAGUAUGAUUGGACUCUAUGCACUGCUUUAUAACGAGAGGCUCAGGCAACACUUGCCACCCAGAUGGGCUGAAGAAGUGCUUCGUGAAGCUGGAUUUUAUGAUGUGAUGCUCCAAGAAGUGUUCAUGACGCAAUACAAGCUAGCGUGGCCGACGUCCAGUGCUAUGUUACCAGCGUUCGCCCAACUGUACACCCAACUGCUGGGACAGCUUCAACCAGGGAGUGCUCCUGCUGAUGAAAGCACUGUGCAAGUGCCUGGGACAGGUGCUGGAGUACCACUAGCAGUGAGUUCAGCAGCUGGUGUAGCGUCAAGCGCUCCAGCUCAACUGCCUGGUGAUAAAUCUCAGGCCAUGCCUACUGCAGGAAGCGGACCAAGUGCCGCCAUGCCUGGUGACAAGCUGUCAAAGUCCAAACCAUGCGGUACUGGUACUGGUCAGGAAUUGGGCAAGGAGCCCGGACCUGAGCGAUCAACUUCAACACCACCACCUGGCGCAACCCUGACUGCUACAACAGCCGCUUCUAAACGAAGGAAACGGCGAAAGGCAAAAGCAGCAAAGAUGAGAGCUACCCCCGCAGAGUCCUUGCAAGGCGUGAACACUGAAGCAUAUCAGAAAGCUCUUCAGAAUGGAAAGUUUGCUAUCCCGCAUGGUCGACUGCUGGUGUGUGGAAAAGGUAGAACGGGCAAGACUUGUCUAGCCAUGUCCUUGCUGAAUCUGCUGUUCAAAGAGGUGGUGGACAGCACGCUUGGCGUUGAGCUCAGGAAAGCCGUCUGCACCGUUGAGCAAGAUGGCGAUCACUACACAUGGCGUAUCGAGGAGGAUGAAUUUCACUUCUUCUGUCUGCUGACUCAGAAGCUGAUUGGUGACUACAUCAGAGAUCCCAGCACGAAUUCCGACCUCACUCCACACGGAAAUGAGGACACCGUGUCUGCUGUUGCAUCCAUUCAAGCUGAUCCUGCUGGUAGUGCGACAGUGGAUACUCUACCGGCAGUUUCAAGUACAAGUUCUUUUGCUACCGGAGACUUGGAAAAACCAGUGACACCAGAGCAUGACAAAGACUCCGAUGGCAAGUCACCUGCAACCAUUGUGGUCGAGAAAUGCAGAUCGGACAAAACACCAUCUUCAACGGCUACAAAGCCUGCUGACAGCGCCCGCGGCUUGGAUACUCGCACAUCAUCACGAAAGGGAGAAGAUAUCGGAACCAGGAAACGCAGUCGGAAUUCCUCUGAGAGCACAGCGCGCGGACUACCCGCCGAUGCAGACAUCCACUACUACUCCAACCAGUUCUUGUCAUCCAUCAGUGCUGGAUUUGAGGAGAGAUUUGCUGAACUGGUGAAGAAGUUUGCGUUCCUGGAAAUCUGGGAUUUCGCUGGACAAGAACUGUUCGCAGCAGUUCAGCAUGUUCUGUUCUCAGCUCUGCGCUGCGCCUAUUUGGUAGUGUUUGACGCCUCUGAGCCUCUGCAGGACCCACACGUACCCACCAUGGGUCAGGACGGUAGGGAGAUUCACAUUCCAGGCACCGCUGGCGCUACCAACUUCGACAUCUUGGAGUCCUGGCUCAAUGUCAUUUCACAGGUGAUUGGUACGCAAAGCAAAGCUUCUGCUCCUCUCUUCAUCAUCGGAACAAAGAUCGACAAGAUUCCAGCUGAACAACGAGGUGAAAAGCUCGAAGAAAUCAAGCAAUACAUCUGGAGUAAUGCAAGAGGAAAGUUCUAUGAGAACUGCAUCGAUGACAUCCUGUUUGUCAAUAACACUCUGUCUGGCAGUGGGGAGGAAGAUCAGAGUGUUGUGCAGCUGCGACGACGUAUCAUUGAGUCACUCGCUGAGCAGUUUGUAUAUCCAACACCACUCACAUGGCUACCGGCGUCGUUUGUACUCAGACAACAUGCCAAGGCCGAGAAAGUCUCGUGGCUCUCUCUACACGAUGUGGAGACUGUUGUUCGGAAAGCUUGUGAGAAGUCACCCCAGCCUGUGAACAUGAAGGAUAUGCUGGCAUUCUACCAUGAUCUCGGUCAUCUGAGGCACUACGCCAGGAACACGAAGCUGGAAGAUACGGUGUUCACCGAUGUGCACUGGUUGACCAAUGUCACCAGUUUGCUCUUCUGCCCGCAGCCCAAGGGGGGCCAGGAAAAGCUUUUCCGUGAACAGUAUGAUCUGCUGGCAGAGCGUGGCAUUCUGACAGAGAGCCUUGCCAAGCUGCUGUGGAAACAACACGGUGACGUUGAACAGACACAGCGCUACACAGAGAGCCAAGAGGACCGUGAUGUGUUGUUCAACGUGAUGCAGGAGUUCUCACUGCUGUACGACACCAAACAAACAAUGACCAUAGAGACCACCGGUGAGCAAACACGCAAGUUCUUCGUGCCCUCAAUGGUCACCCUCAUGUUGGAGAAGCCAAUGGAGCUGCAGGAAGCACAGAAGUCGGCACCAAUCUUCCUGUGUUGCGACGAGCGCCAGUUCUUCCCAGGCACGCUUUUCUGGUGCCUGUUGGUCCGCUGCCUGGCACACUAUUGCCCGUCGGAGGACCCGGUUCUGUACCACAAUGCUGCACAGAUCCUAUGCUAUGACAACUUCCAUGUUAUCUUCCAACACUUCCAGCGUGGAAUCCGUGUUACUGUCGAGCAACAAGGUGACGCAGCAGCCAUGGUCGGAUGCGAUGAUGAGGAUGAUGGCUACCCCGGAAGCAUACCAGAAAUGUGUGAUGACCUUCUUCCUUUCCUGGAGGAGGAGCUCCAGGACCUGAAGGCAAACGGUCUGGAAAAUUUGAAAAUCCAGAGGUCAGUCAUCUGCCGCUGUUCGUUGAACAAGAAGUUAUGCAAGCGCCAUAACAAGCCCAACUGCCAGGAGCUGGAGUGCGUGCACUUCAUCCCACUCAUCGACAAGAAAAAGCCGCGGUGUCCAAGGAGUCAGGUUGCCCAGGAUGAAUCAGCUCUAGCAGAUUUCUGGCCUAUACUAAUGACCAAGAAGUCGAUCAAGCCAAGCAAGCCAGUACAAGUAGUUGAUGACUCCUCUGUGGCUGGCGCUAGUGCGAUUGAUGAUGGGGACUGUUCUUCACGCGCCACUCGUUACCGUGCUGCUAUACGCAAGCAUUCGCCAGCAUUGGAGCAGAAGAUCCCAGGCCUUGUAUUCGCCAAGGCACUUUGGGCCGAAGGAUAUCUGACAAAUGGCCAGCUGGAGAAGAUCAGAGUUGAAGAAAAGGCGAAUGGAGCCCACGAUGCGGCAUUCACCCUCAUCUCUGACCUUCAGAACCUCCAGGAUAGCGCGGUUUGCCACUUUGCGGAAACUCUGCUGGCUGGGCGACAGUACAAUGCUGACAUCUACCGUACAAUCCAGAGCUGCCAAGGUCCUUCCGUUUGUACUCUGCCACCCGACCAGCUCCACUAAGACUGGUGUUGAGAUCAAUCAAUGCCAGUAGAUCCAGCACUGUGUGUACGCCGGCAUUUGCCACACCGCACACCCCUCGUGUUGCCUUAGCACUGUCACUUGAAGAACCUGAACAGUAGAGUCGUCUCCAAAGCCAAGUAUCUGGUCCACCAGUCGGACGGCCGGACUGCCAAAGUACUCGGAACGGAUGUUCUUGGAAUGAUCUUUUCCUAUCAUACGAAGUGAAAUUAUUUCUGUAAUUUUCCAGACUCGCCACUGCUGUGCAUUGGUUUGUCCUAUCCUUACCAUUGAUUUUUGUUUGAAGUACAUAUCACAAUUUAACAAUCAGGCUUUGAGCUGUGCGAUCGGUAAAGUAACUAUGUGCCUCCGAACCCUUCACAGAACAAUAUUCUACACGAAGUAUGCCUGAACAAGUCCUAUGCAUUUUGAUUUGGAAUCUCCUUUAUCAGUUCGUGAUUUUUUCUUGACACUGUAACCCUGUUUGCUUUUAAAAAAAUCUUGUUAGUUUUUGAAAUGGAUCAUGUGUAGAGCUUGCUACAUGCACCUGCACUGGCUGCAGUAUUCUGUAUAAUAUCACAUGUUUCCCAUCGUCAGUCACUGCAGAAGAUAAGCCUUGACGAGAACGAAUGUCCUCACCAAGA